UGAGUGUGAAAGUGGCCAACCCAACCCAAACCCCUAACCUCUUUCCAUCCAUUUCAUUCCAUUCCAUCAUCUCUUCUCUCUUUUUCUCUUUUCUUAAUAAUAAUCAUUAUGAAACCUUAUUAAUUAAACUCAUCUCUUCUCUUUCUCUUCUCCUCAAAUAUCAUAGUAAUUUAUAAAUCCCACAAAAGGUGAAAGGUGGCAAAGACCCAAAGGAAGAAAAUUUACACAACCAAGCAAAUCCCUUUAUCUCCCUCACCAUCCAAUUCAAACCCCAUCAAAAGUCUAAAGUCUUAGAGAGAGAAACACACAGAGAGAGAGAGAGAGUAUUAUAUUUUAUAUAAUAUGUUAUUAUUAUAUAAUAUUAAAAAAAGGAAGAGAAUUGCUUGUCAAAAGCCACGACGGACGGAAAGGUGGGAACAGAACAGAACAGAACAACAAGGCAAGAAGAAAGCACUAGUUGAAGAGUUGCAGAGGAGAAGAGCUUGAGAAGAAGAAGAACAACAACCCCUCAAAUACCCACAUCUCAAUUCUCUCUCUCUCUCUCUCUCUCUCUCUCUCCCUCUCCAACUUCAACUAUUUUAUUACAUCAAAGCCAAAGGUUCUAGCUUUGGAGUAACACUAAUGCUACGAAUAUGGGAAAGAAAGGAGGUUGGUUUUCUGCAAUCAAGAGGGCUUUUACUCCCCAUUCCAAGGAGAAGCCAGUAAAUGAUUCCGAUAAGAAAACCAGCAAGGAGAAGGAGAAGAAGAAGAAGAGUGGAGGAAAACUUAGGCAUGGAGACACCAAUUCCUUCAUUCCUCUUUUCAGAGAGCCUAGCAGCAUUGAGAAAAUCUUUGGGGAUUUCGAAAGAGAGCAACAGAGAUUAACCUUGAGGACUCCAUUAUCUCCUGAGCAGCAGCAGCAGCAGCAGCCCAAGACUUCAUCUUUUGUGCCUCCUCCUAGAGUUGUUACUCCAAGAGCUUCUUCGCCAAGGGUUGUAUCACCUCGGGUUGCUUCUCCUAGAGCUUCUUCUCCGAGGGUUCGAUCUCCCAGAGCUGUUUCUCCUAAACCUCCAUCUCCUAGAAUUGUACACCAUCAUAGGGAGAUCAGCUACAGACCUGAACCUACUCUAAGGCACCAUCAUGUUUCGGCUACUAAGAUUCAAGCAGCCUAUAGAGGUUAUACGGCUAGAAGGAGCUUUAGAGCUCUUAAGGGGUUGGUGAGGCUUCAAGGAGUGGUGAGGGGACAGAGUGUAAAGCGCCAAACGAUGAAUGCCAUGAAAUAUAUGCAGCUCUUGGUGCGUGUUCAGUCGCAGAUUCAGUCAAGGAGAAUCCAAAUGUUAGAAAACCAAGCAAGACGUCAAGCUCAAUAUAAAAAUGAUAAGGAAACAGACAGUACAUUUGGCAAAUGGAAUUCGGAGACAGGUAAUGAUGAUUGGGAUGACAGUGUGCUAACAAAGGAGGAAAUAGAGGUAAGGAUGCAGAGAAAAGUUGAGGCUCUUGUCAAGAGAGAAAGAGCAAUGGCAUAUGCAUAUUCUCACCAGUUGUGGAAAGGCAGUCCAAAAUCUGCUCAAACGCCUCUAGCAGACAUUCGAGCUGGGGGAUUUCCAUGGUGGUAUAACUGGCUAGAGAAGCAGUUACCUACUCCAUCUAAUCCUCCUCAGACCACUAAUAUCAUGAAGACCUUUCAGCUCACUCCUCCAAGGCCGAAUUCAGAGGCACGAACGCCAUCUAGUAGUGCCCCGAACCAGAACCAGAAGCAGCAGCAGCGAAAUUUCGCAUUUGAAACUAUGGAUACCCCAACACCGAGAUCCACAAGAUCAACCAUAUAUCCUGCUUCAAAACCAAUGCGAACACCACCAUCGAGCAGAACACCAAUGGCGCUUCACGCAUCUAAGUAUUCUAGACCAAGAGCCAGUGUUGGAGCUGGAUCACCAUUUGACCUUCCACUAAAAGAUGAUGACAGCCUCACAAGCUGCCCACCAUUCUCUGUUCCUAACUACAUGAAUCCAACAGCUUCAGCCAAGGCGAAAGCCAGAGCUAGCAGUAAUCCAAAGGAGAGAUUUAUGGCAACUCCAAGCAGCGAAUCGAAAAGAAGACUUUCUUUCCCAUUGACACAAGGCAUUGGAUCAUUCAAGUGGAACAAAGGCUCAUUUUUCUCAAAUAAGGAUAACAGUUCAUCAAGGGCAUUAGAGCAACACCAGAAGAACCAACACCAAUCUGCACCUUCAGUAGGGAAUAUGAGUGUGGAUUCGACGGUUUCUUUGCCAGCUGGGGUUGGAAGGAGACCAUUUAACCGAUUUGUGUGAUUUCUUUUCCUAUAUUUUUAACCUUCUUUUCCUUUUGGUGUUUUUCUUUUAAUCUUUGCAUGGAGUGAGUGUAUGGUAAUAGUUUGAGUCUUUGAAAAAAAAAAUAGUGUUGUAAAAUAAUAAGAAAAAAAAUUAGGAAUAUGAUUAUGAUGGUUUGAGUAAUUGGAUGUAACAGAUUGUUUUCUUCUUUUUUGGGAAAAUAUCAUGACAACUAUUCUUUUUUUGGUUUGUUUAAAUAAAAACUUGUUCUCUUUUCAGUA